AUGGAUCUCGCCAGCAGCCUUAUUCGGACUGUAGUGCGCGCUUUCUAUGAGACACGCCACAUUCUCGUGAUUGAUGCUCUUUUCAUGCACUCAGUCCUCCAUGCCGAGGAUCUCGCGCAUCUUCUUGGAAUACAGCAAAAGGAUCUGCGAAAGCUUUGUGCUCGAUUGCGCGAAGACCGCCUCCUUGCAGUUCAUUCAAGACCGGAAAUUCGAGAUGGCCAAACUCGCCCUGUGAAUCGCGAUUAUUACUAUAUACCCCUCUAUCCCGUUGUGGAUGCUAUUAAAUAUCGUGUGUCCCGCCUCACCUCGACCAUUAAGGCUCAAUAUACACCGACUACAGAGAGGAAGGAAUAUGUUUGCACAACAUGCGGUGCGGAAUGGACUCAGCUUGAGGUUCUUAGCCGGAUAGGGCCAGAAGGUUUCGAGUGUCAUCGAUGCGGAGCUACGCUAGAGAGGGCAGAUGAGGUCGAAGGGGGAACAGGCGCGGAUCGCACUGGUCAUGAAAAAAAUAGCAAACUCAUGGCGCAACUGGACGCGAUGUUAAAACUACUCAAACAGAUUGAUUCUGUUGACGUUCCUGAGAAUGAUUUCGAAACAGCCUGGGAACACAAAGUUGAUGUUGUACGAAACCAAUACACGAACCCGACAAGACCGGGGGUGGCUUAUACCAGCAACCGCCAGGCAGCUGUUCGAGGGGUAUCGAAAACGGAUGCUGCUUCCUUGGAAGUAUCUCUUACAUCAUCGGCUGAGAAGAGCGCUACCGAACAAGCCGAGGAGGCUGCGCGGAAAGCUGCCCUCGAGAAACAGAACGCGCUUCCUGUUUGGCAUACACAUUCAACUGUGAAAACAGAACCUGGAAAUCUUCCUGUCAAAACUGAAACAAACGGAACCAGCGUUGACGUAUCUGCUGUCAAAUAUGAACUGAAGGAAGAAAGGAAACCGGAUGUCGAUGCUCUCGAUGACAAAGUCGCGGCAUACUACGCUGAAAUGGCUCGUGAAAAGGAGCGAGAGGCCAAAGAAGAUGUCAGCUCCGCUGAGGAAUCAUCUGAUGAGGAAGAGGAUGAAUUUGAGGAUGUUGGAGUUACCCCAAGCGGGACUACAACACCGGCGGGGCUAAAUGGCAACAAGGCGUCUAUAUUCUCAAACGGAUCGCUGAAGAGGGAACUGGAAUUUGACUCUGGCAGUAGUGCAACUCAGACCAGCAUCGCGUCCCCGGAUAUCGCUGCGGAGGAUGCCCCGUCUGUCAAGAAGGUUAAGUUCGAACCAGAAGUGAAGAAGGAAGCUGAGUCAGACGAGGAUGAUGAAGAAUUCGAAGACGUUUAG